UACUAAGCAAAACUGCAACCAACUUCAAUCGAAAUAGCGACGUAAAUCCAACAUGGCGGAUGAAAACGUGAAGAAAGAUGAAGAGACAGCUUCUCUUGACAAAGAGGAGGACAAAAAUGCAGAUGUAACUAAACCGGGUGACGACGGUAAGCAAGAGACAUCGCCGUCGGCGUUUGGAGGCUUCAAAGUCCCAGCACCUUUCAAGAAACCGGCUGCAUUCGCACCGAAAAAGUCCAGUCCGAAACCUGCUCACCCCCCUCCCCACCUGGCGAAAGAGGGUCUUCCACAGAAAGGUGUAGAGAAGAGACCUGGCGAUUCUGAUGGCGCAGAUAAAGCACAGCCGCCUGAACCGGAAGACAAGGGACCAACAAAAACAGACAGAGACGUUAAGGCAACAACUGCCGACAAGAGCAUAGACUCAGAAGAAACACAGCAAAGUAACGGAGACAAACCGAAACCACUGCAUUCUAAAGAAAUCCCGUCAAAAAAGAAACAGAGCCCCGCAGAAAACCUCCAGGCACCGCCACUGCCUUAUAAAGAACCGGCCUGGAGCUCCGUACCUAACAAACCAUACAGUCUGGAGGUGUUGAAGAACGGCUGUAUCGUCUCCAAGUUAGAACUGACGGGGAAACCGUUCUAUGUGUUUGGAAGGUUGGACAGUUGUGACGUCACGUUAGAGCACCCAUCACUGUCCAGAUACCACGCCGUGGUGCAGUUCAGGGGGGAGGGGGAUGGGGAGAGGGAGAGGGGGUUCUACCUGUACGACCUGGGUAGCACCCACGGGACGUGGAUGAACAAGAUGGAGGUGAAGCCCAAGGUGUACUACAGACUCAGGGUCGGCUACAUGAUUAAGUUUGGAGGCAGCUCCAGAAUGUACAUCUUACAGGGACCAGACGAGGACCAAGAAGACGAGUCUGAGAUGACAGCGACAGAGCUGAGGGACUUACACCGGCAGGAGAGAGAGAAGACAGAGCAGGCAGACACAGACGAUGUGACGGAGUCCAGGGAGACACAGGAGGAGGAGAUGGAGGAGUGGAGGAGGAAGAAGAAGAAGGAGAGGGAUGUGGAGGAGGAAGGCAUCAGCUGGGGCAUGGAGGAGGAUGCUGAAGAAGAGGAGGAUGAGAGGAACCCAUUUUCCUUGGAGCUAACUGAGGAGAAAGAGGCAUACUAUGUCAAGGACCCCAAGAAAGCCUUGAAGAACUUCUUUGAGAGAGAAGGAGAAGAGUUGGAGUAUGAUGUUGAAGAGAAAGGCACCAGUUUCCACCGACAGUUCUACUGCAGAGUAAGGUUACCAGUGGAAGGCCCAGACGGCCGUGAGCAGUACGCAGAAGCCACUACGUCUGGUAAGAAGAAGGAGGCUGUCCUGGCGUGCGCGCUGGAGGCGUGUCGGCUGCUGGAUGCAUAUGGAGUACUCAGGCAGCAGGGAUAUAAAUCGAAGCGUGUGACGAGAAACUGGGAGGAGAAUGAUUACUACGACAGUGACGAGGACACAUUCACGGACAGGACAGGGGAUGUGGAGAAGAAACGGAUACGCAGGAUGAAGAAGGCUGGCAAGGACGACAACGUCACGCACACAUACGACAGUCUGUCAGCUCAGCAUGAGGAAGUUGUAAAGGAGCUGAGGGCUACUGAGGAGAAGUUAGCAGCUGCCAGGAGAAAGUCAGACUCUGAGGAAUCAGAGGACCCGCUGGAGGCCUUCAUGUCCAACAUGGCGGCGGGGUCGGGGCUGACCAAGGUGGAGGUCAGCAAGCUGCGGCUGCGUCUGUUCGAGCUGCGGAGGGAGGAACAGCGGCUGGAGAGACUCAUGAAGGUGGCCAAACCUGCAGACCUCCCACAGCUCAGCACGACAUCAUCAUCAGGUAAGGCAGGUGAGUCCAGCACAGGUGUGGCCACUAAGAAGCAGCCAUGGAGGAACCUGCCCCUGACUGGAGCCAUGAAGGGUCGGCACACCUUAGCCAGGAAUAAACCUCAGCUUGUUGUACCCAAGCCAGUUCAAGUUCCUUCUACUAUGGACCAAGGGGAGGAAGAGGAGGAGGAUGAAGAUGAAGUAGAGGAGAAAAAGGAAGAGGCUGUCACCAUGGAGACAGAACAAGUCUCAGCUAGUGACUUACAGACAGGUACAGCUGCUACAGAGAGACUACAAGAAGAAGGGGAGCAGCCAACAAUGGCAAAUAUCCAGGAAUCCGUCAGUAAAAGACCCUGGGAAGGAGAUGUUAUAGAGGAGCAGGAGGAAGACCAGGCUGCAGAGGAGAAGUUUGUGGACUCAAAGCCACAAGUCCCCAAGAAGAAGAAGAAGUCUCAGUCCAAACCAGAUCCUCCCAUAUCCAAACAGUAUGCUGAUGAUGACCCAGACUACAGCAUGUGGGUCCCACCAGAUAACCAAUCUGGGGAUGGGAAGACCAGUCUGAAUGAGAAGUUUGGUUACUGAUAUCAUCAGUGACUGGUACAAUGUUUCCACAUGAAGAACUUCCAACUGUCAGUACUC